GUGUAAAAAAAAAAAAGAAGAAAGAAAUAGAUCUGAAAUCUUAGAUAUCACAGCAACAGAACCCAUCGAAUUUCGCCUCAAUUAACACAAAGCUACAUAACCUUUCCCUUCAGAUCAGAUCUACACAGAUCAAUCAUCAUGGAUUUCAUGAAAGUCUUCGAUCAAACCGUUCGAGAAAUUAAGAGAGAGGUGAAUCUGAAGGUGCUUAAGGUUCCUGAAAUCGAACAGAAGGUGUUGGAUGCAACUGACGAUGAGCCUUGGGGUCCUCAUGGUACUGUGCUGGCAGAGAUUGCAACUGCUACCAAAAAAUUUACUGAAUGUCAGCUGGUUAUGAAUGUUCUUUGGACAAGAUUGGCUGAAACUGGAAAGGAUUGGCGAUAUGUAUACAAGGCAUUAGCUGUUAUAGAGUAUUUGGUAUCACAUGGAUCUGAACGUGCAGUUGACGACAUUAUAGAACAUACUUUUCAGAUCUCUGCACUUUCUAGCUUUGAAUAUGUUGAGCCUAAUGGGAAGGAUGUGGGACUCAAUGUAAGGAAGAAGGCAGAAAACAUUGUUGCCCUUUUGAAUGAUAGAGAAAAGAUACAUGAUAUUAGAAAUAAAGCUGCUGCAAACCGUGACAAGUACGUUGGAGUUUCAUCUAGUGGAAUGACAUACAAAUCCGGGACAACCUCAUUUAGUAGUGGGAGCAGUAACAAAUAUGGAGGUUUUGGUUCAAGUGGUGAUAGGUUUAGUGAUAGCUACGGAGACAAGGGGCGCUAUGAUGAAGCAAAAAUAGACAAAGAUUACUCAGGAAAAUCACGGCAUGGUGUCUCAAGUAAAAAUGAAGAGAACUCCUUCAAAAAAGGUUCUGUUCGGUCUGUCAGCAAAAGUCAGGAGAACAAAUCUUCUAGAGCAUCAAAGUCAUCUGCUAAUGCAGUUCCUUCUCAAAGUGCAAGUGUACCUACUGAGGACGACUUUGAUGAUUUUGAUCCGAGAGGAACAUCUAGUAAGACUUCAGCUGGAAGCUCAAACCAGGUUGAUCUCUUUGGACAAGAUUUGCUCGGUGACUUCAUGGAUGCUCCAACAUCUGUUUCUGUAGAAAAGCCAGCAACUAGUAAUGUGUCAGAUGUUGAUCUCUUUGCGGAUGCAUCAUUUGUUUCAGCAGCACCACAUGCGGACAAAGGAGCUAGUUCUCAACCACAGGAUGAAGUGGAUCUUUUCUCUUCACAACCAGCCAUUCCUUCAGUUACACCAACAGUUGACUUGUUUUCCAUUCCUUCACCAGCUGUGCAGCCUGACAGCAAGUCGGAAAACUCUGUUCCUGUGAAUAACAGCACUUUUGAUCCCUUUGCUUCUGUUCCACUUAAUAAUUUUGAGGGAUCUGAUGUUUUUGGUGAUUUUACUUCUCAAUCUGAUUCUGUAUCUUCUCAGCCCUCAACGAAUGCUGCCACCGAUGGUAGUACAAGUGGUAAAUCUGUAACAGACUCUAAUGUUUCGCCUAAAAAGGAUGCUUUUCAGGUGAAGUCUGGCAUUUGGGCUGAUUCACUAAGCCGUGGAUUGAUUGACCUCAAUAUAUCUGCUCCCAAAAAAGUAUCCCUUGUCGAUGUUGGAAUUGUGGGUGGAUUAAGUGAUGGAUUAGAUGAAAGGGAGAAAGGCCCUCCAACUACAUUAUACAUGGGGAGAGCUAUGGGUACAGGAUCCGGUCUUGGUAUGUAUGGUGGCACUCCUUCACAGUCAACAGCUGGAGAUGACAUAUUUUCAAACUUCGGUGGCCAAAACUAUCAAUUUGGUGGGUUCCAGAAGUAAAAAAAUUCACAAAUUGUAUACUCAUUCCAUCACAUUUUCACUCAUUCUUUGUGUGUCGGCUUUAUCAAGAUUGCUGAGCUUUUUGGCAUGGUGGAUUUUGUUAAUAUAUAUUUCUCUCUAUUUUGUAUCCAAGAAAGGUAGGAAUAGCAAUUUCCUAUCACUAUUGUGAUUAUAUUAUCUUAAAUUCAUGCUACUGUUGCAUUUUAAUGUUGAUUACAAGAUCCAGCAAACUGAAGUACCCAAAUAGCUUGUGAUACUGCUUUAUGUUGUAAAAUGUGUGGUUGCCUUCA